AUGAUAACAACAGAAAAUCCCUAUAAAAGUUCAAAAAAUAUAGAUUACAUAAUUAAAAAUGACUUGAACCAAUUUUGUGAUGGCGUUACCAGUGAUAAUGAUGACAAUGAACUAAGGAAGCACAGCCAUGUUUGCUCUAUAUGUUCUAGGCGGUUUUCAAAACUUUCCCAUCUAAAUAGGCAUAAAUUUUCCCACACUAAGGAAAAACAUUUUCGCUGCAACUAUUGUGACAAAAGUUAUUCCCGAAAUGAUCAUUUGCAGAGACAUCUAAUUACUCAUGGAUUGAAUUCCAAACCAUAUAUUUGUCCUUUUGAGGGAUGCAAUUUGACAUUUUAUGAUUCUUCUAAAUUUAGGAAACACUACCCGGUUCAUAACAAGUUAGAAGAUAAUUGUAUAAUAUUUGGCCAAAAAGUACAAAUUACAAAGGUUAACGAUAAAAACAUGUUAAAUUGUCCAAUUACUGGAUGUAAAAUGCUUACAAAGACAGUGCAUGGAAUGAGAAGACACAUUUUCUCCCAUGGCAAUAAGAGGGAAAGGGUGGGGAUUAGUAAUAAUAUUAUCGAAGAUCAGGAGGAGGGAUGUUCUAAACAAAGCGACAUUGUAAAGAGGGUUUACAUCUGUGGAUAUGGGGGAUGCAAUUACUCUUACAGCAGGAAAAGUAAUGCCAUAGCUCAUAUUAAUGUUUGUCACAAGAACUUAAAAUUCACUUGUGACAAAUGCCACCUAGCCUAUAAAUGGAAACGGAGUUUGAAUAAGCACAAGUGCAAGGAAACACUUGAAAACAUCGAAUGA